CACGGGCCCGAAGUCUUUGGCUGGAGUUAGUCUCUGUCUUGAGUGUUGGCGGUAGAGUCCUCUCCUCUGUGUUGAUUCCUGUAAUAUAUAGAGGCAGCGCUCAUGUACGACCGACGUGAAUUGUGUCGUCAGUGAUUCUUCGAGCGACAAUCCUUUGUGGUCAUUUCUGAGUGCAAGCAUCUUUUGGGUACCCUCCGUUAGUGUCGUGUUACGACGUUACCCGCUGGAUUGGACGAUAGCCAGUCACGAUGUCGUCCUGGUAGAAGACCUCACGUCUUCUACCUGUCAUGUCGUCGGACUACGUAACCCCGUCCCAGAGCCUCGAAAAACCUAAAAGUUAGAAGGACAUAGAGCUAGGCAAACACGCCGAACGAACGAGCAGCAGCAAAACGACAAUGUCUUCAGCCUGGAGCCAGCUUGAGCAGUUGCUCACCUGCGCCAUCUGUCUUGACCGCUUCCGGAACCCGAAGCUGCUGCCAUGUCAGCACACAUUCUGCGCCGACCCCUGCAUGGAGGGUCUCCAGGACUACGCCCGGCGGCAGAUCAAGUGCCCAGAAUGCAGAGCCGAACAUCGGAUGCCCUACAACGGGAUACAGGCGUUCCCCACCAACGUCACUCUCGUGCGGUUCCUGGAACUGCACCGGAGCGUCACCGGGGAAGAGCCGGAACCCCCGCCUUCUGCUAUGGAACGGUGCAACGUGUGCAGCGAGAAGGCGUUAGUGGUGAAGUGUUCGCAUUGCGAAAAGAAGAUCUGCGAGGUAUGCAAGGAAGCCCACCUGGACAUUAUGAGGAGAGAGAUCAGCAGGAUUAACAGUCAAGUCCGGAGAGGGUUGAACAGGUUAGGUGACACGCUGUCGCAGAACUCAAAGAACCAGGAGAAGCUGACGCAUAAUUGUGCCCUGGUGAAAGAGGAGUUGGACGAUCUGAUUAAUCGGUAUAUCAAAGAUUUGCAGGUGAUCCAAGAGAAGCUCAAGUCCGAAAUCGACAAUUACCUCGAACAAGAACUCAAGCAACUCGCUCGACUAGCCGAAGAUGUGGAGACUGAACUGCAAAAUAUCACCUCAAACUGCGACGCUGUUGAAAAAUACGUUCACGACGACACGGAAUGGACGGAUUCUGAACUCGUGGAGUACAAAGAAAUCUUCAGCAAGUCACUCGACUUUCUGCGAAACUUUGACCCGGACACGUCGGACUUCACGCGGCGCGUCAAGUUGCAAAUUCAUACCGAUCCCGACGCCCUCCACAGGACGCUCUCUAGUUUAGGGGAACUUAAAUUUAACAACCCACCAGGACUGUCCACCUCAUCGUCGACGCUAAACGUGCCCCAGCACAACGCACCAGCAUCAGGAAUGAAUGCGCUGAUGCGAAGCCAGAGUGACCAUCGACUCGCGGUGCAGUUCCAGAAGAAGCAAGACAACCGCAACAUGCUGGACAUCUCCCAGAGGUAUGGUGGCCACCUCAGCGAUUCGGAGAGGGAUCCCACGGCAGAUAUAGGCUCAUCGCUGUACGGUCGCGGAAGGAACACACAGGAUUCAAUCCUGAGGAGAUACCAGGACAGGAGCCGAGAGGAUGACCGCGACACGGGCCGGAGUCGGUACGACAGGUCUUGGAGAAACGAAGAUGGAAGCAGUCAUCACGGCUUCCGGUCGCGGUACGCGAGGGAGCUUAUGGAAGAUGAUCCUGAUAGCAGCAGCUUCUUGACCAGAAACGUUAGAUUCGAAGAGCCUCCGCCGCCGCCUCAGCAGAGGGAGAGAAUAUUCGAUACGGACGACGCUAUGAAGGGACCUUUAAGUGGCGUGGUCAAGUUAAGCGACUGCGCGAAAUUCAUGGAGAGGAUACACGAGAAUGAGAUCAGAAGGAAGCAGAAGGAGGCAGAGAAAGAGAGACAAGAGAAAGAACCGCCACCUCCUGCUCCUGUUCCUCCCCCCAGAAGGCCACCUUCCAGGCAGAUAAGUGAGGACCAAGUCGAGAAGGAGAAGAAAGCCGCCAACCAGGCUGCAUCAUCUUCGUCAUCUACAGCUGAGCCCAGAACUCCGCCCCCGACAUCAACACCCGUGGACACCAGGCCGUCACAAGUCCGUCGUCUUGUCAAGGACGAACUGUCUUCCCGGACAUCUUCACCUGCACCGUCGACUCCCAGGCAAGGUUCAGUAGAGAGCACGCCCGCUCAGUCGCGCAGGAGUUCAACGGCAUCAGAGGACACGACGGCGACGGACACUGGCUUCAGAUCGAGGCAACGGCGGUCAAACGUGGAAGAACCCAAAGUGACCACGACGACUCCAUCAUCGACGAAUGCCCCGAGCAGGUCCACAAGAGCGCCGGUGGCCAAGAGUGUAUCAAUAGACAACGAACGCAGGCCCGGAAGCGCCGCCGAAAAGAGAGAGGAACAAAAGAAUCGCACCCCAUCCGUCACACAUACCGCCCCAUCACUUUCACAGCCUUCUGUCACAAGAGGACGCCAAUCGCAACCAGCACCCCAACCAACCCCGCAAAUAGGGGAAGAGGAGGGGAGUUCUUCUGAGGCCACGUCGUCAGAAGAAACCACCGAAUCAGAAGAAGAGGAAGACGAAGAGGAGGAAGACGAAGAGGAAGAGGAGGACGAGGAAGAGGAAGACGACGUAACCGUAGAAGAACGAACAUCGACGACACGAAAACCUGCAACGCCGGUUCAGGCCCUACAACCGCAGACUCAACCGAAGAAAGCAGAAGACGCUUCGACGUCCUCCGUGUCUGCCCUUUUAAACAGGAGCGCGCAGGCGCGACGCGGGAGUCAGGACGUCCGAACGUCCACUCCGCCGGGGACCCGGAGAGAUGGUCCGAACCGCCAGUCGCAGUAUGCUAGAGAUAAGGAGGAAGAAUCUAGACGCCUUCAGGAUAGGUACACGUCGUGGAGAGAUUCGCCGUCCGCGUCAGUGGACGAGCAACCCUCCCGCUAUCAAAGCAGUUACAUGGCUAACCGUCGGAGGCCUACCACGAACGAGGAUGACGACGACGUUUUCGGAACCAGUAGAUUUCUCAGCCGGAGCAAAAGUUCUGCCUACGUCGGACAGGACGACGACACACAGGAGGACCGACGGGAACGUCGGAGGAGCACCCAGGAGUCGCCUUCUGGGAGGGCGCCCCCGUCGUCUGCUGCGGCUGCCCUCCGCAGAAGUCGACUUGCACGGAGUAAAAGCUCCAACGAGGUCUUGCCCGGAGAACUCGACAGCCCAGAAGACACGACCUCCCCGCCGUACCGCAGUAGGUACGGUUCUGAGGACGCCACCAGCAACGCUCUGUCCAGGUCGCGCAGUUCUCACGCCGUUAAGGAGCCGUCGCCUGAGUACGACCGCAACGGCCCAGGGUCAUCAUCUACCUGGGCCCAGUACCUUAGGAACAAGUACGGAAACCGAGGUGGGACGAAUAACAGUACCAGGACGUCGGCCCCUGUGUCAAGGUCAAGGAGUUCGCACGCUCUCUACGGCCGAAGUGGGAGCGAUGACGAUAACAGUACCGACGAGGAGGUCGGACGAGGUGGCAGCAGGAGGCGAAGUCACGGGGACGGAAUGGGUGGAGGGUACGGCUUCCCCAGGAGCAUGUACCUUCAGAAGAAGAGGAUGCAGCUCAAGAUCGGCACGCGAGGCACGGAACCGGGCUGUUUCACGUGGCCUAGGGGAGUUGCCGUUGGGCCGGAUAACUCCAUCGUCGUGGCCGACAGCAGUAACCACAGGGUACAGGUGUUCGACAACACCGGUCGAUUCCAGCACGAGUUCGGGACGUACGGCAGCUCCGAGGGCGAGUUCGACUGCCUGGCAGGUGUUGCCGUGAACCGCAUUGGGCAGUUCAUAGUCUCCGAUCGCUACAAUCACCGCAUCCAGGUGUUCGAUCCUUCCGGACGCUUCUUGCGUUCCUUUGGCUGCGAAGGACGAGUUGAUGGUCGGUUCAACUACCCAUGGGGUAUCACCACCGACUCGCUCGGUUUCAUCUAUGUCUGCGACAAGGAGAAUCAUCGUGUACAGGUGUUCCAGUCUGACGGAACAUUUGUCGGCAAGUUCGGUACGCUGGGAUCCCGUCCGGGCCAGCUGGAACACCCGCACUACGUGGCCGUUUCCAACACCAACCGGGUAAUUGUGAGCGACUCGAACAACCACCGCAUCCAGAUAUUCGACGUGAACGGAAGGAGCUUGUCCAGCUUCGGCUCCGAGGGAUCCGACGACGGCCACUUCAAGUUUCCUCGGGGCGUCGCCGUCGAUGACCAGGGUUACAUCAUUGUGGGCGACUCCGGCAACAAUCGCAUCCAGAUCUUUGCUCCGGACGGCAGCUUCCUGAGAGCGUUUGGCAGUUGGGGUUCCGGGGACGGAGAAUUCAAGGGCCUCGAGGGCAUCGCUGUCAUGCCAAGCGGAAACAUCGUUGUCUGCGACAGAGAGAACCAUCGCGUGCAAGUCUUCUGAUCACACACUCAGCUCAGAGACAAGGAAAGCAGACGACUCAUCUGGAUUCCUGGCCGUCCCUGAAUGUCAUCGAUGAGGUCAUCGAGGGAGCAUACCCUCAUGUGGUCAUGAGCAGGGAAUCCACUUCGGGAAGCUACAUUUCAACGAAGUUGCCGCGAAAUGUGCUACCUAUGAGAACACUUUGGUUGCUUUAGAAACGUGAAUGGAGUUGACGGUGCCUGGAAAGAGUCCUCGAGUAGUAUUACGCGUUGAACAAUGUGUCUUUAUUUCUCGUCUUCCGAGUAACAGGGUACGCUUCGAUAUACGUCAAUAGGUUUGUGCCUGCACACAAUUGCCCUCUUAAAACUUCCUUUUUGUUAAUUUCAACCCAUAAAAAAAAAAUGUUCGAACAAUGAGAACUGCACACUUCGAUGAUGCGUUCAAUAUGAAAACUCUGAGAAGCAUUGAAGAACGCUACUGCUUUUCUCAAUAUCAUAGUUGUCUCGCAACGCCAAUUAACGAAUAAUAAAUUAUUUACACUAUAAUAACAGAACAUCACCGCAUAAUAUGCGCAGAAAGAAUCGUAAUUGAUAAUGAGUUUCCCCCUGAGUUUCUGAAAAUGGGAGUAAAACUGUAGCAGAGCGUAGUAAGGACAGGAUAGUGUGUACACAAGCAGCACAAAGUCUUAGACCAAUAUUGGCUGAAUAUUGGCGACAUCGGUUGAACAUUGGUCCAAUAUUGGCUGGAUAUUGGCAAUAUCUGUUCAAUAUUGGUCGGAUACUGGCUGCAUAUUGGCAAUAGUGGUCCAACAUUUUUCCAAUAUUAGCUGCAUGUGGACAAUGCUGGUCCAACAUCGGUCCAAUAUGGGAACGUUAUUGCCGAUAUACAGCCAAUAUUGGGCCAAUGUUGAACCAGUAUUGCCAAUAUUGGACCAACGUUGAACCGGUGUCGCCAAUAUUCAGCCAAUUGUGCUGCUUAGGUAGUGCGUGAUAACGGGAUCAUUGUGUUAUGCGGUGAAGUUCUGUCUUGGGGGCAUGAGGUACGUGUGUUUGUUCGCUUUCCGCGUUAGUGCGCCACUAUACCUAGGACGCAGUACGAAGCAGUACCUGUAAACCCUGGUCGUGUGUUCCGUUGGCGCACUGCGAAUCCAGCGUUUGUAGAUCCUCUCCUGCACGCGAAGGAGACGAAACCUCCAUCUCCGAAACGAAUAUAUUAUUCGUUUUCUGAAGAAACAUGCUUUGGGCGGAAUGAAAACUGCAUCCGGCUUUGCCAGUUGAUCCUGUCAGCAAUAGAUGUCGUCUAUUACUUCGCAGGUGACGUUGAUAGAUCGUUAUGGGUAUCCAAGGAUGGCGUCCUUAUACAAAGCUAAUGAUUCAUUGCAUCCUCUCUCUUUUACGGCGGUGCGUCAACACUCUUGAAGCCACUGUCUAGUUUACAAUGAAGUGUCCUAACGUCCUUUUCUUUGUAUUCUCCUUGUGUAUUUGAGCUUAUAGUCAACUUUUUGUGCUGCCUUGCCUAGGAUGUACAUAUCAACCGUGAGGAAGCAUGGUCCCUGUGAUAAGAAUGAAUACAGGUCUUGAGGGUUGCUUCGCGUUUAAUUUAUUGCUGCGACUGUUACCUGUGCUUGCUCACACUGUGAAGCUUUAUGAGAUGUCUUAAAUGAAAUAAAGACAGUUAGUACAUUUAUA